ACGUCACUUCCGCUUCCUGUCGCGCGCGGCCAUUUCCAUUCCUUCCGCUGCUUUCCCGCAGAGGUGAUCGCUCCAUCUCUGACAUCGCUGUGCUCCUUGAGGCGUGACGAGACCACAUAACCGCAACCAUGACUGAAGCUGAUGUAAAUCCGAAGGCCUACCCUCUUGCAGAUGCCCACCUCACCAAGAAACUAUUGGACCUUGUUCAGCAGUCAUGUAACUACAAGCAGCUUCGAAAAGGAGCCAAUGAAGCCACCAAAACUCUCAACAGAGGUAUCUCUGAGUUCAUUGUGAUGGCUGCAGACGCCGAGCCCCUGGAGAUCAUCCUGCACCUCCCACUGCUGUGUGAGGACAAGAAUGUGCCCUAUGUGUUUGUGCGCUCCAAGCAGGCCCUGGGGCGGGCCUGUGGGGUCUCCAGGCCUGUCAUCGCCUGUUCUGUCACCAUCAAAGAAGGCUCACAACUGAAGCAGCAGAUCCAGUCCAUCCAGCAGUCCAUUGAAAGGCUCUUAGUCUAAACAGGUGGCCUCUGCCACACUCCCUGCUGACUCCUCCCCCAGAGGUUAUGUAUCAUAUUGUCUGUUAGCAUGUAGUAUUUCCAGCUACCUUCUAUUGUUAUAAAGUAUUGUAGUGCUAAAUCUGGUUUUUGUAUUUUUGUAUUGUUUUGUCUUGUUUUAUAGGUUGUCAUCCCCUCCCCACCCCUAAUCUCCCCUUCCACUCUCUGUGCCAUCUUAUCCUCCCUUUUGAAAAAUGAGUUAUGCCCAGAAUAGGUGGAAUUAAGGUGAACACCAUUCAAAGGCAGGAAAGAGCCAAGAUAAGAGAUCUGGUUCCAGCUUUCAGGCUUUCAACUUCCUACUGUAAACAGGGAAUGAGGGAAGUAAACAGUAUAUUCACUUUGUAUCCCUUGUACCUGGCACACAGAAUCAUUGCAUACGUGUUUGAAUGAUGGAGGGGUUUCCUUCGCUCUUUAGAGCAUUAUGUAUCAUUUGGGGAGGAAGCAUGUAUUCUGUGAGGUUGUUGGGUGUGUGUCCCAAGUGUCAUUUGCUAAUGUUCCUCUGCUGUUUGCCUUUGUAAUAUGAUGUUAUGUUUCCCCCCAACUCCCACCCAUGGCCCUGAGGGUGGCAGGGCAACAGCAUACCAAAGAAAUGUGCUGCAGAAUUCCAGAGGUGGCCUGGGUGAGUGAGACAUGGAACAGGUGACCCAGGUCUUAAAGGAGUGGCAAGAGGUUCUGGAAUGAAGGAUUCUGGGCCAGUCAUGGAGAACAGGAAGGUACAGCAGAAAUGAUGGAAUCCAGGCUUACUUUGGUGAAUGGAAAUGUCUUUAGUGGACACUUGGUAUCAGCUUUGAGAGCCCUUACCCCUGUUUCCUGCCAUGAUGUGGGUCAGAUGUAAGUAUUCUCUAUUACGUCAGAAGGAUAGUGCUAAUGUGUCGUUCUUGUGAGCAUCCUAAUAAAGAAAUACAUAUAUUCCAAUUUAAA